AUGGCGGCUACAGCUAAAUGGUUGCAUGUCUGGGAGCUUUGGGGCGAGUCCAUCGACUCCAAAGACGCUGCCGAGACGAUCUGGGAAAAAAAGAAACUUGUUCUAGGGGCCUACAACGGCUACGCGGCCUUCAUUGGGGAUCUUUCGCUGAGCGAUAGAGGUGAAUGGGCUGCGGGAGAAUACAAAAACCUGGACGACGCCACGUUCAACGAAGCCGUGGCUGCCAUGCGCCGUGUACCCGAUUCUGGCAUUUACCCUUUGUUCGAAGAUGGGCUCACACAGUUUGAUCCUAGUUCUGUGCACGAGGGGAGCUAUUGCCUCAAAUCCCCCGAUGCUACGCAGUGGGAUGAAGGCGACUUUGCCGCCAACAUUUUACUGUCUGAAGCACGAACUAAUGAGAUCUUCCUCUCGAGGCCACAUCGUCACCUCGGAGCGUAUUUUGGCUGUGUCGUACAUGACGGCCGAAUUGUUCGCCUCGCUUUUCCACAAUAUGUGGAAACACUGGACGAUCGCAUCCAAAAGUUGGAGCGGAACGGCAUCGAACGUUUGAAGACUGACGAGAGGGAAAAGUGCAUGCGCACGAUCGGAGCAGCUGUGACUCAUUUACACUCUCUUGGUUACGGCCACAACGACAUAUCUGCCACAAAUAUCAUGUUUGACGAAGGUGGUGACGCCCUCCUGCUUGGCGUGGGUUCUUGCACUCGACUUGGAGAAAAUAUAAAGAAGGGAGGCGUGGCCGGUGGUUGGAGAGGACCUAUGCUUUGGGGACAAGAGUUUAACAAGUCGUCAGUGGAGUGUGACUGGGCAUGUCUCAAGUAUAUUGACGAGUGGCUAUCUGGCAUGCAAAGUUAA